AUGGUUAACUUCGGCUCUUUCUUCCUCUUCGCCACGGCCAUCACGGCCCUGCCUUCCUUGGUCAGGCGUGAUACCGCAGAGACUCUUGCCAACCUCAAAGGCAUUGACAACUCGACCAGGUCUCUGACCACCACCGUCACCUCGUGGGACGGAUCCCUCCUCGGGGCUUUGGGCAUCCAGUCUGCCGCCACCGCCGUCGGCACCCAGAUCGACAACGCCAACACCGCGGCCUCGGACGAGCCCCAGGCCUCGAGCGCGGACUCGCAGACCAUCAUCACCUACGUCACGGGCACCCUCACCCCUGACAUCCAGGCCUCGCUGACCGCCCUGACCAACCGCAAGGCCGACUUCCAGUCCCUGGGCAUAACAUCCAUCGUCCUGUCCACGCUCCAGAGCCUGCAGUCCAAGUCUGCCGCCCUCGGGACGACGCUCGUCAACAUCGCGUCCGCGGACCAGAAGGCCGCGGCGCAGUCUGCAGCCGACGCCAUCAAUGCUGCCUUUGCCGCUGCCGUGACGGCCUUCUCUUCUUGA